AUGGCGCAAGCUAGUCGAAUCUGCCAUGGCGUGCAAAACCCAUUUGUUAUCUCCAAUCUCUCGAAAACCCAACAACGCAAAUCUCCUUUUUCGGUCUCGCUUAAGUCUCACCAACCUCGACAAGCUUUUCCAAUUUCGUCUUGGGGAUUGAAGAAGAAGAGUGAGAUCAUGAUGAUUCGUCCGAUUAAGGUUAUGGCUUCUGUUUCCACGGCAGAGAAAGCUUCGGAGAUUGUGCUUCAACCCAUUAGAGAAAUCUCUGGUCUGAUUAAGCUUCCAGGCUCGAAAUCUCUGUCUAAUCGUAUUCUGCUUCUUGCAGCUCUAUCUGAGGGAACUACUGUAGUGGACAAUUUGUUGAACAGUGAUGAUAUCAAUUACAUGCUUGAUGCGUUGAAGAAAUUAGGGCUUAAUGUGGAACAUGACAGUGAGAACAAUCGUGCUAUAGUUGAAGGUUGUGGUGGAGUAUUCCCAGCUUCUAUAGAUUCGAAGAGUGAUAUCGAACUUUACUUAGGAAAUGCGGGAACAGCUAUGCGUCCACUUACUGCUGCAGUUACUGCUGCAGGUGGCAAUGCAAGUUAUGUGCUCGAUGGUGUGCCUCGAAUGAGAGAAAGACCCAUAGGUGAUUUGGUUGUUGGUCUUAAGCAGCUUGGUGCAGAUGUUGAAUGUACUCUUGGAACUAAUUGCCCUCCUGUUCGUGUCAACGCUAAUGGUGGCCUUCCCGGUGGAAAGGUGAAGCUUUCUGGUUCAAUCAGCAGUCAGUACUUGACUGCUCUGCUCAUGGCAGCUCCCUUAGCUCUUGGAGACGUCGAGAUUGAGAUUAUCGAUAAAUUGAUCUCUGUUCCCUAUGUUGAAAUGACAUUGAAGUUGAUGGAACGUUUCGGUGUUACUGCCGAGCAUAGUGAUAGCUGGGAUCGUUUCUUUGUCAAGGGUGGUCAGAAAUACAAGUCGCCAGGUAAUGCUUACGUAGAAGGUGAUGCUUCUAGUGCUAGUUAUUUCUUGGCUGGUGCUGCCAUUACCGGUGAAACUGUCACUGUUGAAGGCUGUGGAACAACCAGCUUGCAGGGAGAUGUGAAAUUCGCCGAGGUUCUUGAGAAAAUGGGAUGUAAAGUGUCUUGGACAGAGAACAGUGUGACCGUGACUGGACCAUCUAGAGAUGCUUUUGGAAUGAGACACUUACGCGCUGUUGAUGUCAACAUGAACAAAAUGCCUGAUGUUGCCAUGACUCUUGCCGUCGUUGCUCUCUUUGCCGAUGGUCCAACCACCAUUAGAGAUGUUGCUAGCUGGAGAGUAAAGGAAACAGAAAGGAUGAUUGCUAUUUGCACUGAGCUCCGAAAGCUUGGAGCUACAGUGGAAGAAGGUUCAGAUUAUUGUGUGAUAACUCCACCAGAGAAAGUGAUACCGGCCGAGAUUGAUACAUACGAUGAUCAUAGAAUGGCGAUGGCGUUUUCUCUUGCAGCUUGUGCUGAUGUUCCAGUCACAAUCAAGGAUCCUGGUUGCACCAGGAAAACUUUCCCUGACUACUUCCAAGUCCUUGAAAGAAUCACAAAGCACUAA